GAAACUGUAUAUAAAAGGAAGUUUACAAGCGUUAAAAGUAUUGUUCUUGAAUUUCCGAGCAAACAUUCGAAAAUGAUGAAAACUGUAAUCCUCGUUUUGGCUCUUGUAGCCAUUGCUGCCUGCUCUUUAGAUGUAAUUCCACACUACAGCCACCACGGCUAUGGACACGGAAUCAGUAGUAGAUACUUCAGGAAAGCACAAGGACAUGGAUACGGAUUGGGAUAUGGCGGUUACGGCCUCGGAUAUGGUGGCUAUGGAGGUUAUGGAUAUGGAGGUUUAGGAGGAUACGGCGGAUAUGGAUACAAUGGUCUUGGAGGAUAUGGAGGGUUUGGAUAUGGAUAUAAUGCCUACUUAUAA